GCGGCCGGCUGCCUGGGGACCGCCCUACCGCAUUUAAGUACUCCGUACCCCUACAUGAUCCCUGCAUUGUUGGCGGCCGCGACCUCCUCCAUUCCAGGUUGUUGCCGAUUGCCUCAGGCUUCUGUGGUCGGUGCCUCUCCCCGCCAAAGGCCAAGGGCAUCUCCUCAUUUCCAUUUGAGCACGCUCUCCAACUCCAACAUUUGACCUCCUCCUCCCUUCCUUCUGCCACCUCCUCGCCAUAUUCAGAUCCGGGCGGCAGCAUCUCGCGGUGGAGAGCAGCCAGAGAUCGAGCAUCACUCGAACUGCCGGCAGCACAUGCAAUUGUAGUUACCUACCACCUGUCUGGGACCCUACCUGUCCUUACUUGCGUCGCCGUCCGCUAUUUGCACCAUGGCGUCCGCUGCGCCGAUCACUCCCGAUACGCCCGUCACCAUCAAGGUGAACCUCGAUGGCGUCGUCCGCCGCUUCAAGUUUCCUCUUCGCGAUGUGGGCAUCAACGUGCUCGAGUCCAAGCUGCGAACGGCCCUCGACAUUCCUGCUGACAGCGAGGCCGUCUUCGAGCGCUUCUCCGACUCGGCCGGGGCAUACGUUGUUCUGGACCAAGCCAACCCUGUCGUUUACAAACAGCUCUACCGUGCUGCCAAGGCAAAGCACAAGCUCAAACUCCGUGUCACUGUCAAGAAGGACGAACCGGAAGAGAAGGCAGCGCCCAAACCGGCCUCAGUGACGGACGAGCCCGAGGAGGAGACCCGCGCGAGUGUCGAUCCCACCGAUACUGAGGUCGAUUCGCGCUCGACGCCCAUCCCUGUCCAGCCGGAGGUCAACCCGCAGCCGGAGGUCAACCCGCAGCCCGCACCCGAAAUGAAGGACACGCAAGCCGACGAAAUCAAGCCGGCGGAGCGUGUAACGGAGGAGACGACGCCGCCUCCUGCCCCUCCUGCCUCCUCGUCGCUUACCGCACCGUUCUGCGCGGCGAGCUGCCCUGCUAUCCGUGCCAACUACGCUGUGUGCUGCAACAACUGCGAUCGGACGAUUCCGGAUUCUCACUACCACUGCUCUACCUGCGACGAUGGCGACUUUGACCUCUGCCAGGACUGUGUUGACCGAGGCGCCACGUGCAAAGGCACGAACCACUGGCUGAUCAAGCGCUUCCUCAAGAACGGCAUCAUCAUUAACAGCACAACGGAGCGCCUCGCUCCGAAGCCCAGGCCCAAACCUCAGCCGCCCCAGGCCCCCGGUUCGGCACCGGCACCGGCACCGGCUACGGCGUCGGCACAGCCGCGGGCACCGGUUGCCGCGGAGAGGAUCAUCCCGCUGUUCAACGAACCCGGGUUCUUUAGCAUGCGCACCUGCAACUGCUGUGUGGCGGAGCUGCCCGAGGCUGAAUUCCUCCAUUGCACCACCUGCGAUGACUUUGACCUCUGCAAAGGCUGCUUCGCCAGGAACCGUCAUGGCCACCACCCCAAGCAUGCCUUCGUCGCAGCGGUCCCGGGUACCAGGCUGGACCCCGAGAUCACCCGCCGUCUCGGCCCCGGCCGUGGCGAAGCCCACAUGGCCAUUUGUGACGGCUGUGACAAAGACAUCAAGGGUGUCCGCCACAAGUGCCUGGACUGCCCUGACUGGGAUUACUGCUCGGGCUGCAUCCUGAGCGCGCCGUUGAUCCACCCAGGCCACCGUUUCGUCCCCAUCUAUGAGCCGCUCGAAAAUGGCCUUGGCGCCCGGGCCCGCAGCAUGAACCGCGUUGUCCAUGUCGGCGUUUGCUGUGACGGCCCCUUGUGCUCGGGGGCCCGCAGCAACUCGUCCUACAUCGUUGGCGAUCGCUACAAGUGUGCUGUCUGCCACGACACCGAUUUCUGCGCCGCUUGCGAGGCGAGCCCUAUGAACAACCAUAACCGCACCCACCCAUUCAUCAAGUUCAAGACCCCGGUGCGCCACGUGACCGUGACCACGACGGGCGAGCACGCUGAUGGUCGGCCGAUUCCUACCAUGGGUGACCGGCCUCGCCCGCGUCCCGCCGCUGUCGAGAUUCGUUCCACCGAGACAAACGCGCCGGCGUCGCUGUUGAGCGGCGUCCAGACCGUCGUCGAUGUCCAGCCGUCGGUGCCCGCCAAGGUUCAACCGGGCAGACCUCUCGAGGUUUUCGAGGUCGACAAGAAGCUGGCUCAACUCAAGUUGGAGGAUCACGAAGACAAGACACGCGACGUCGCCGAGAUCAAGGAGGCACCGCCAGCUGUCGUGAAGCCGGUUUCUGCCGAUGAACUUGUCGCGACUUAUGUGCGGGAUACCGUCCAAGACGGAACCACCUUCGAACCCGAUCACGUGUUCGAACAGACCUGGGUGCUGCGCAAUGAUGGCCAUGUCGCGUGGCCCGCAGGGUGCUCGCUGAGGUUCGUUGGCGGCGACUACAUGGGCCACCUCGAUUCCAACCACCCAGCGGCGACUAAGGACGUCGAGUCCUCUUGCGAGUCCACCAUUUGCCAUGCAUCCAUCCAGCCCGGCGAGGAGUUCCCCUUCACCGUGCUGUUGAGGACCCCUCACCGGGCCGGCCGAGUCGUGUCCAACUGGCGUCUGACUACCAAGGAGGGAAUGCAGUUCGGCUCCCGUCUCUGGUGCGACGUUAAUGUAAAGCCGAAGCUUGCUCCGCCGCCGCCGCCGCCGCCGGCGGCAGUGACCGAACCCUUGGACGCUCCCAAGCAGGAGGAAGACAAGGAGGCUGUCCAGCCGGCGCCCAUCUCCCAGCCUGAGCACAGCCAGAUGAUCUUCCCCAAGCUUGAGAAGGAGUCGCCUGUCGCCAGUGUCCACGAGGACACCAAGGCCGAGCCUGCGCCGUCCGUGGAAGACGAGUACGAGGAUUGCGAGUGGGACGACGACGAAGAAGAGGAGGCUUUCCUCACGGACGAGGAGUACGAUGUUCUCGACGCCUCGGACGAGGAGUCCCUGUCCGGCAAGCAGAAGUAAGCCGCCGGUCAGUCUUCUGCGGGUUGUCUUGAUCCAGCGGCGUUUGGGGUCCGGCUCCGGAAUGAGUCGGCAGUGCUCGGCGUAUUUUUUGGCUGGGAUUUUCACGUCUCAAGGGAAACGGAUGCUGAUCUUGCCGUCACCGAUUUCGCUUGCUGAGGAAUUCUCUUUUAUCCCCUUUCCUUGUCGUGUUGGCUUUGGCCCAAAGCGGCAGGUACACAGGACCGCUCUG